GGUCUUCGGCAACAGAGUUCUGCGCUCUUCCCUUCGAGGCAGGAGAGGCUAAACCCCGCUCCGCAGCCUCCCUCCUGCAGCACAGAGACGAGCGGUUUCCGUAUUCUAGCGACCGCCUCGGCCUCUCUGGGGCUCGAAGUGCACCCAGAACCUUCGCACCCGCCCCAAAAGCCUCCUCUUCCAGGGUGCUGCGGCAGUGCUUACUAAGGCGCGGGGCCCCGGGGAAACUUAGUAAAAAGUGCCCAUGGGCUCUGUGGCCGAUGCUUUCCCAAUGCCCGUGUCUCAGAAAGUAGCGGUGAACACUCAGCUCGUACACAGGCAGGAGAGAGCAGUGGAAGGAUCAGUCAACCCUUGUAGGACGCUGGCCACAGAGUGAAGACUAGCCACCAAUGUCUCUGUGUCCCUUCACUAGGCUGGCUUCCCAUCUUCAUCCUGUAAUUGUCAAGAAUUUCAAGAACAGACAACCCCCUCUUCUCUCCUCUUCUUCUCUUCUCUUCUCUUCUCUUCUCUUCUCUUCUCGCCUCUUCCCUUCUUCUCUUCUUUUUUUCUCUUUCUCUGUCUGUCUCCCUCCCUCCCUCCAAUAUUUCCAGCAAAAUAACCUCUGUCCUCCAGUACUAUUAACAGUAUCCCUCAAUGUGAAAAUUUAAUGUUUGCAAAUGAGAACUAAUAUUGAUACUUCACUUAAAACUAUAUAUAUAUAUAUAUAUAUGACCACUACUUUGAAUUUAAGUAGACAAUUUUUCUCUAAUUUAUGUUAAAAUGCAAUGGGUCCGUUGGAAAUUGCUGGACUCAGAACCCCAGUGUUCUGUUUUUAAUUUUAAUGUCUUGAAUUUAACCAUGUCAGCAUUUCCCCUGGUUGAAGAACUUCUUCAUCUGUAAAACAGACUUGAUUUCUAAGGUCUUGUCCAGCUGUCACAUUGGAUUCUAUUUCCACAAACAGUUGGCCUAGUCUGUGUGUUGCAGGACUGAAUGAAUGAAAACACCGCAUCUUUCUGGGAACAAUCGUCCUUUAAAAGUUGGGAAUACAUAAACAAAUGCCCCUUUGCUAUGAAAGGGAGCCUAACUGUGCUUGAGAUGCAGCCCCCUGCUUGCAUCUAAUGAUGCAACUGCAGUGAGGAGGCACAGGCUGUCAACGGAAGUCUCAGUCCCUCUAGACUGCACAUCUCAAGGUUGUCAUGGGGCCCAGAGAAGGAAAAUUUGAGACUGAGAGGGAAAGGAAAGGAUCUGGCCAAAGUGCAAAGGAGCAUUAGAACAGUAAAGAGGAUUCCUCUAUGGAAGGAGAAGGGCAAAAGGUAGAGAAAAAGUCCAGGACAUGGCCAGAGCCACAGGUUGACUGAGUACCUAAGUUUGUGAAGUGCCCCAGCUUUUCUUGGGAAGGAAGCAGUUGUGUCAACUGCCCAAUCCCAUGACCAGGGCUUAACAGGAAAAAAUAAAGGAGAAAGCAGUAGGCUUUCCACUUUCAAAUGGCUCAUUUGGCCCGUGUGACUGCCUCUCUGGCAUUUGGCCAGGUAAUAGAGACCCGACGCUGACUCUCCCUAGCAGGUCUGGGAAGGAGUAGGAAGGGAAAGCAAGCUGAGGUGUUUUGUGGGAUAGGCAUAGCAUUUAGUUCCUUGUCUCUAUUUCAUGCAUUUAUUUCCUGGCAUAUCUGCCCACCCCAAAAGAGGCAGGCCUUGUCCUUCCAGGACACACCAGACAUUAUUCACACCUUGCAAAUGGACUCACACUGGGAUCCCAGGCUGGAACUGUAAGAUAAUUAAGAAGAAAGGAGAUAAUGAAGGCAAAAAUCCAACACCUGGCCAUGAGUAAUGCUCUGGAAAGGUUAUUUGAUCCCAGAUUGAAUGUCAGAGCCAGGAGGGCCCACAGAAUCUACAAAUGGAAAGAAGACACACUUGGCACAGAGCUAGCUGAGACCCUCCCGUGCUGGGUCCCAGGGGUCAGGACGCCUUUGCUCUCCCAUUUCCUCCUGGAGGUAAUUAUCCUUCACCUCCUUCUUCUAUGGUCCAGGAUCCCCCAGCCCUGCAGCCUGGAGGGCUCCAGUGCCCUUCUCUGGGCUCCCCUUUCCUGCUCAGGCUCAGCCUGCAAGUGCCUUUCUGACACCAACUCCUCUUCUUCCUCCAGGCAAAAAGCACACGGUUAAAUCCCAUCACCUAGCUAGGUAUAAAGCUCACCAGGAGAAAGGUUUUCUUUUUGUUUAUCUCAGUCCACAAGCCAGCGGUGAACUAGCUUUGGGAAUCCAGGGUAAUAUGGAUUUGGCCGGUCACCACCAAGAAAAGUGACGCUCUCAGCGCUGAAAACAAGGCUCUGUCUGUAGCAUGAAUCCCCUAGGAGAACUCCUCUCCCUCCUACACAGACAAACUGGGUAAGCACAGACACCUCACUUUCUGCACCCAGCAUCCAAGCUGGAUACACACACACUGACAGGCAAGCAAUAGGCACACACAGAGAGUCUCUCCUGAGAAGGGUUCUGGACCCCUGCUGGAAAGCCCCCCUGGAAUGGCCCAGGUCGCUGUCCUUCACGCACUAUGUAAGAGAGGGGAUAGAAGCGACCGGAGGGGCGAGAGAAGGACUUCUGGCGGUGCCAGCACCUUAAUAGGUCACUCUUGCAGAGACCCCCUGCGGGGACUUCCCGCACCGCCGUCCAGUUGGAGAUGGAGUAGUUCAGAACCAACCCACUGACAGCCUCGAAUUGAGCUUUGCCAAGCCACUCACAGCGAAGGGAACAUCUGCCCCACCCUCCCCCACCGCGCGCCCUCGAUCCUCUGCCUACACCCUCCCCCCGUGACGUCACCCCAGUCCUGUCCCGGAGAGCCUGCAAAGCCUCUCAAAUUCAAACUGCCAGACGCACUGCCGCCGCCGCCACAGGAUUGGAAGCGCGCGCCCAGGCUCUGCUGUGGCCGCCGCCCGCUGCUGGAGCCGGCCGGCUCCGCGACCUCCCUGCGCAAUCGCACCCCUGCUCCCGGGCGGCGCAGCUUCCCGGCGCUCCCACCCUUGGCUUCCUCUCCUGCCGCCUGCCGGAUUUUUAAUUUCUGAGCACCCCCUAACCAAAUUAAAGCGACCGACCAAAAGCAGGACAACCCCCCCCCCCCCGGAAGCGGCGACUUCUUUUUACCUUGCUCUCCCUCUCUUCCUGAAGAUGCUAAACUCCUGGCGGACUGCAGAGGAGGGGGGUCCUGUCUUCUCCUGAUGUUUAAAAAAAAAAAGAAAGAAAAAAAGUAAAGCAAUUUCUGCUGCGAGCCCACGACGGGCAAGCCGCCUGAGAUCUCUUGGAGAUACCCCGGGGAGGAGGAGAUGGGCUGGAUUUAGUAGGACAACUCGAUUACUAAUGACUCCGCGGCUUGGCUGCGACCUGCCGGGAAAUCAGGUGCAAGCAUGUUUGCCUGUAGGUACCUGAGCUGACACCGAAGGUGCCUAAAGAUGCUGAGCGGCGUUUGGUUCCUCAGUGUGUUAACCGUGGCCGGGAUUUUACAGACGGAGAGUCGAAAAACUGCCAAAGACAUUUGCAAGAUCCGGUGCCUGUGCGAGGAGAAGGAGAACGUACUGAAUAUUAACUGUGAAAACAAAGGAUUUACAACUGUCAGCCUGCUUCAGCCUCCCCAGUAUCGAAUUUACCAGCUUUUUCUCAAUGGCAACCUCCUGACGAGACUGUAUCCAAACGAAUUUGUCAAUUACUCCAACGCGGUGACCCUUCACCUAGGUAACAACGGGCUGCAGGAGAUCGGAACUGGGGCUUUCAGUGGCCUGAAAACCCUCAAAAGACUGCACCUCAACAACAACAAGCUGGAGGUAUUGAGGGAGGACACUUUCCUGGGCCUGGAGAGCCUGGAGUACCUCCAAGCUGACUACAAUUACAUCAGUGCCAUCGAGGCGGGGGCAUUCAGCAAACUGAAUAAGCUCAAAGUCCUCAUCUUGAAUGACAACCUUCUGCUGUCACUGCCCAGCAAUGUGUUUCGGUUUGUCCUGCUGACCCACUUAGACCUGAGGGGCAACCGGCUGAAGGUGAUGCCUUUCGCCGGUGUGCUGGAGCACAUUGGAGGCAUCAUGGAGAUUCAGCUGGAGGAAAACCCAUGGAACUGCACCUGCGACUUACUUCCGCUCAAGGCUUGGCUUGACACCAUAACUGUUUUCGUGGGGGAGAUUGUCUGCGAAACUCCCUUCAGGUUGCAUGGGAAAGAUGUGACCCAACUGACCAGGCAAGACCUCUGUCCCAGAAAAAGUGCUGGUGACUCCAGUCAAAGGGGCAGCCACAGUGAUACACACAUCCAAAGGCUGUCACCUACUAUGAAUCCUGCUCUCAACCCUACCAGAGCUCCAAAAGCCAGCAGGCCACCCAAAAUGAGAAACCGUCCAACUCCCCGAGUGACUGUGUCAAAGGACAGGCAGAGCUUUGGACCGAUCAUGGUGUACCAGACCAAGUCCCCUGUGCCCCUCACCUGCCCUAGUAGCUGUGUCUGCACCUCUCAAAGCUCAGACAAUGGUCUCAACGUUAACUGCCAAGAAAGAAAGUUCACUAAUAUUUCUGACCUGCAGCCCAAGCCUACCAGUCCAAAGAAACUCUACCUAACAGGGAACUAUCUUCAGACUGUCUAUAAGAAUGACCUCUUAGACUAUAGUUCUUUGGAUUUGUUGCAUUUAGGAAACAACAGGAUCGCAGUCAUUCAGGAAGGUGCCUUCACAAACCUGACCAGUUUACGCAGACUUUAUUUGAAUGGCAAUUACCUUGAAGUGCUGUAUCCGUCUAUGUUUGAUGGGUUGCAGAGCUUGCAGUAUCUCUAUUUAGAAUAUAAUGUCAUUAAGGAAAUCAAGCCGCUGACCUUUGAUGCUUUGGUUAACCUCCAGCUUCUGUUUCUGAAUAACAACCUGCUGAGGUCCUUACCCGAUAAUAUAUUUGGGGGCACAGCUCUCACCAGGCUUAAUCUGAGAAACAACCAUUUUUCACACCUGCCUGUCAAGGGGGUUCUGGAUCAGCUGCCGGCUUUUAUCCAGAUAGAUCUGCAAGAGAACCCAUGGGACUGCACCUGUGACAUCAUGGGUCUAAAGGAUUGGACCGAACAUGCCAAUUCCCCUGUCAUCAUCAAUGAGGUGACUUGUGAGUCUCCUGCUAAGCAUGCAGGAGAGAUACUGAAAUUUCUGGGAAGGGAAGCCAUCUGUCCAGAGAGUCCGAAUUUGUCAGAUGGGACCGUUCUGUCGAUGAAUCACAACACAGACACCCCUCGGUCACUCAGUGUGUCUCCCAGUUCCUAUCCUGAACUACACACAGAAGUUCCACUGUCUGUCUUAAUUUUAGGAUUGCUAGUUGUCUUUAUCCUGUCAGUCUGUUUUGGGGCCGGCUUGUUCGUCUUUGUCCUCAAACGCCGAAAGGGAGUGCCAAAUGUCCCCAGGAGUGCCAACAACUUAGACAUAAGUUCUUUCCAGUUACAGUAUGGGUCGUACAACACAGAGACUCAUGAUAAAACCGACGGCCAUGUCUAUAACUAUAUCCCUCCACCUGUGGGUCAAAUGUGUCAAAACCCCAUCUACAUGCAGAAGGAAGGAGACCCGGUAGCCUAUUACCGCAACCUGCAAGAAUUCAGCUAUGGCAACCUGGAGGAGAAAAAGGAAGAGCCGGCCACCGUAGCUUACACAAUAAGUGCCACCGAGCUGCUAGAAAAGCAGGCUACACCAAGAGAGCCCGAGCUGCUGUAUCAAAAUAUUGCUGAGAGGGUCAAGGAACUCCCCAGCACAGGCCUGGUCCACUAUAACUUUUGUACCUUACCUAAAAGGCAGUUCACCCCUUCCUAUGAAUCUCGACGCCAAAACCAAGACAGAAUCAAUAAAACCGUUUUAUAUGGAACUCCCAGGAAAUGCUUUGUGGGGCAGUCAAAGGCUGACCACCCUUUACUGCAAGCUAAGCCACAAUCAGAACCAGACUACCUCGAAGUUCUGGAAAAGCAAACUUCAAUCAGUCAGCUGUGAAGGGAAAUCAUUUACAACCCCAAGGCAUCAGAGGCUGCUGCUCCAAACUGUUGGAAGCACUGCAUUUGCUUUUGUGUUUGUUUGUGUUUCCCCUUCCCGGUGUUCAUGGGGGACUUGGAAAAUAUUUGGGAGAUGGGGUAAAGCAAAGGUAUUGCUGUUGCAAGUUUUUCCUUUAAAUUAUUUCUCUCUCACUCUCCCCCUCACUAUUUUUUUCCCUUCUCUUCUUAGGAACUCUCAGUGAACAUGAAUGUUUCUACAGUGCAUUUUUUCAUAUGUUUUGUUUAUGAUUUUGUUUCCGUUUUCUUCUUUUUUUCAGUGUGGGAGUAGAAAGAGGAGAUUAUAGUGAAUGAAAGAAGAAUAGGCAAACUGUUCCAAUGAAAAUGGAUAAUUAGUGUCUUUUGUAGAAGAUCUCCAAAGAUCUUUUGGGACUCUAACUUCUUUUGUAAAUAAUGAUACAUGGUAUUUCCAUCUUCAAUUACCAAGUACAGCCACUGGGCAUCACUUCUUUGUGUUAAAGUGCCUUCGCACUUUAAGUACAUUACUUAAAUGUUGCUUUUAGCUUUGAUAAAUUGAACAUAUUUUAAUGUGUUGUAUUUUUCAAAAUGAAAACACUGUAAAAUAGAUCUAUAUGUCAGCUAUAUUAAGUCAACGUACAGUUUGCUUGAUUUAUGGAAACCAGCCUGCCAUCAAAUGAUCCUAGUUUAGGACUUUAUAGACUUAACUGUAAAAUAUUUUCUUUCCUCUGGAUUUGUUUUAAGUGAUUUUAUUUAAGUCAACUAAAGGGAUUUAACAGUGGACUAGAGGUAAUAAGCUGCCUCAUAUGGGAUUAGUAAUUCGUUAAUAAAAUAUAUUUAACCCAA